AUGGAAUGCGUGGCAAAGAUGUUUGAUCUCAGGACGAAGAUCAUGAUCGGCAUUGGAAGCAGCUUACUGGUUACCGCGAUGGUGCUCCUAAUUGUUGUGCUCUGUCUUUACGUCAAAGUAGCCAAGGCACUAAAAGCUGCAAAGGACCCUGAUGCUGUGGCUGUAAAACAUCACAACCCAGACAAGGUGUGUUGGGCCAAGAACAGCCAAGCCAAAGCCACCACCAUGGAGUCAUGUCCGUCUCUCCAGUGCUGUGAAGGAUGUAGAAUGUAUGGCAGUUUUGAUGCCCUGCCACCUUGCUGUUGUGACAUAAAUGAGGGCCUCUGACUUGGGAAAGGUGGGCACAAAAAUCUUCAUGAGCAAUAUUUCUUUCUUAGUAGAACAUUUUAUUAUUCAAGUUCUAGAGUGUUUACAUGCUAUUAUAUAAUGUACAGUGUUAUUUUCUGUACUUUUGCAUAAAUGUGCAAUAUUGGAAAUAA